AUGGACUUGGGAAGAGCAAAGCUCCUGAGAUGUGGAAUAAAUGUUCUUCAUCAUGCCCUUCACACCAUACAUGGUUUGGCCUGGACAGACGGCAAACAGGUCAUCCUGACCACUGUGCACCUCCAAAAGAAUGAGGCAGAAUUUGGUAGCUCGGUGGUCAUUGGACAAUUUGAACAUGUUCAUGGCCUAUUUUGGGGACCUGCAACUGAUGCUCCAGCAUUGCUAGCUGUUCAACAUAAGAAACACGUCACUAUAUGGCAGCUGUACUACAACCCAUUGGAAAAGAACAGACUUGUUGUCUCUCAGACCUGUGAGUAUGGAGAUCUUCUCCCCAUUCUUCCACAAGGAUGCACAUGGCACCCAAAAAAAGAAAUCUUAGCUGUUUUAACUAAAAAGGAUGUCUCUAUUUUGUAUACAGUCUGUAAUGACAAUACAAAUAUUAAAGCGGACAUUACAUGCUGUAGAAUCAUUCAAUGUGCUUGUUGGACAAAGGAUGGUAGUCGUGUGGUGGUAGCCAUGGAGGACUCUCUUUACUCUUUCAUAUGGAAUGAUGACCAAAAGAGCUUAAGUCCUUGUUCCUUUUGUCCUAUAUUUAAUAUUGAUGCAACAAUUGUUGCAAUUCAACCUAUAAUGGAUUACCAAGUGGUGAUAACUUCUGAGAUUUCAACAAAAAACCCACAAAGUUAUAUCCGAGACUCUGAAGGAUCUUCUUUACAAUCUACUCUACUGAUGUUAGAUGAAGAAUUAUCCAGAAGUAGCAGAAGGGUCUCUAUGGACUCAGGUAAAUCAGAGCCAGUCGACAUGUUGAAAGUCUCCCCAUUAAUGUCAUCAGAAAUGUCCCAGAUGCUUGCCAGACAUCGAAAGUCUGAUCCCAGUCCACUCAUGCAUCUAAAGCAGAGGAGCAUUACGGGUGAAAAUAAGCCAGAAUUGUCCAAUCUUUUGCUUAUAACCUUUGAGAAAAACUCAACAACCACCAGAAAGGUAUCAAUACCAGGUAUCUCCUCCCCAGACAUUAUAGCUCUCGAUUCUCGUUGUGAAAGAGUUGCAGUGGCAUCUAACACUGGCAAUCUGGUGUUGAUUUAUCCCAUUGCUCCAUCGUGUAUGCCAAACAUUCUACAAAUCCGUCUUGAAGAGAAUGAAAAAGCCAAAGGGCUAUGUUUUCUCACAGAUACAUUGCUACUAAUAAUGGUUGGGAGACCAAAGUCCAGUGAUUUAGGGUUUGUGCACAUAUUGGCCUCUGAAAAAUAUACUCUACAGUUAGUCACUAAAAAUAUCUCACCUGUGGAAUAUAUACCCUCAAGAAUAAACUGUGGCCAGAAUUCAGUAUCUGAUCAAUCCGGUUUGCCCAUGGAUGGUUACAAAUCAUAUGGAGAUGACCACACUGUUGUCAAGGAGUUUUGGAUGCCAAACCAUAUUGGAAAUAAAUCUCCACGAAUGAGACGGAAAAUUAGAGAUCUUGUCCAGAGGGCAAAUGGAGGAGAAAGCCCAACAUCAAGUCUGGAUGACUAUGAUGACAAUAAGUUAGAAGAAUGUCCUAUAACUUUAGAGAAUCUUAACGCUGAGCCAACAGUACGGAGGCCAAUAAAGGGCAUGACCAAGGCUCUGUGCAGAUCAUUUUCUGUGCGGUCUAACAAUGAACCUCAAGAAACAAAGGAGAAUCAUUUGUCAACAAUCAGCAAAAAUGACAGCGAGGAAACAGCUUUUCAAAUUCGUCAUUCAGGAUUGAAAGAUUCUUGGAAAAAGUACUCACAAGGUUUGCCAUACCCAUCUUCUGAUGACCCACCGUAUAUAUCCAUAAGUCAGCAGAAUUCAUCCAAUGACGGAGCAAAUGAGGCGAGAGCUGUUCUACUAUGUAAUGGAAAACUUCAUUUAAGAACGUUGCAGGAGGUCUUCCACUUUAACACCAUUGAAAUGAAAUUUGGGGCAAAGUGGAUUGUCCUCACUGAAGAUGGAGAGGGAUUUGUUCCUGUGAUAUUCAGAGCCAACCAAGAGGUUGUGAUAAGGGACGUAACAGAAAACACUGGAACAUCUGAAGAAGCAAAUGAACAAAUGGAGCCCUAAGGGGGUAUAUUCUACAUUAUCUGUUAUCGCCACUUUCUACACGACUUGUCCAGAAGUGUUAUGUCUACUAAUGUAUUGUAAGAGGUCAAGAGACCCCUCAUUCAUUAUAUGGCUUAGAUUUGUAAACAGGGCUGUUUCCAUUUGUAUAUGAGUCCCUGGGUACUCCACUGGCCAG